AAUGAUAAAACACCUUUCUAAUGUCAUACUGAGAGCAAAUAAUGUAUCCAUAUUACCAUAUUCUCCUGGUGUGCAGCAUAUCUUUAAUAGAUCAGAAACUGUCUCUGAUUCUAGCCAAUGUCUAUUUUCUAGGGUUUGAAAAAGUUGUACUUUUUCUGUCACUGUUAAAAAUGCUAUAGCUCUUAAAUCCAUUGAAAAAGUUUCAUUUCCUGUUAGAGCAUAAGAAACGGCAUUGAAUUGACAGUUACCAAAUCCGGUUAUGACGAUCUCUUUAAACCCUUUCAAAUACUGGCCCGAAGACGUACACCGAGCAUCUCGAUUACUAUUAAACCAAAUAGAUGCCAUGGAGAACGGUGAGGAAAACUGCAAUGCGGAAAAUGGCAGCGACAUUCAAGGCAUGAUGUCGGCUAUAAGUCAACAUGGGUCAGAUAUUGCUGAAAUUAAGAAUUUCCUGGCUACGUUUUCGACCGGCGCAGUGGCGAAUGCCGGCGCAGUGGCGACCUCUCCGCAAGCGGAGGCGGAGGCCGUAGCGCAGGCCCGGGCGUUGGCCCACGCACAGGCACAGGCGCAGGCACAGGCGCAGGCACUGGCGCAGGCACAGGCGCAGGCACAGGCACAGGCACAGGCACAGGCGGAAAUGAUAGCACGGCAAGAUGCAAUUAUAAAACAAAUGGCCGAUGACCGAUGGCGGCCUAAGCUUGGGCAGAGAGGAGAUUCGGUCAAAUACUUGCACAAGCAAACAAGCUUUUUUUCUAAGCAGCUUAAUAAUGCCACAAAAAUGGGAUUAAAUAUCAUCAACAAAAUCAACGGCGCCCAAUUGAAAGAAGAAGAGAGGAAGAUUUUAAAAAAUAAAAUCGAAAGAGCCGUAGAAGAAAUGCGAGACGAAGUGACCCACAUUAUUAGUUUAUUGCUUAUUGCUUGCAACAGUUACCGACAAAACGUCAAAAGGAUAACAUAACGAAAACCAGUGAUCUAUGCAAAAAGUGAGUUCUUUUAUUCUCCUAAGGGAAACCUAUUCUUUGACUUUUCAAAGUGUUGUCCUUUUGAUGUUUAUUCUUUAUUUCGGUUUGUUUCUGUUCACUUUUCGAACAAGAAUAAUUUUUCUCUUUAGUUAACACUUACAACAAUUUCCAUCAAAUACAUCGUGAAAAUUUUUGUCUUGUGAAAGAAUUAAAUAGAUUUUUUUUAAUCGUCUGUUGAUGUUCGUUACCUUUAAUCAAUACUAAAUUUUGUUAGGAAAUUCUAUUCAGCGCAAUUUAUUUCAGUGAAAAUAUCAUUUUAUUACACAAAUCUAACUAAAAAUUACUAAAAACUUUUCUUUUGAAAUUUCAAACACUGUUUUCAUCAAAACCAUAGAAUGAAUAUAUUGCAAGGAAAUUUCAGGAAACGUCAUGAUUAUUCACUAUACAUAGAUCUAAAAAUAAUUUAAAUGUCUGUGAUAUAUAAUGCAUAUAAUUGGAGCAUGGGUUUUCACAGAAGUUUACAUGAUUUGUCAUGUAAAUCUCGUAAAAUAUCGUGUAAGCUUCUACCAUACGUCAUGUAAUUCAGCAUGACUCAGAGUUACAUAUAGUCAUUGGAUAUAACAUAAAUUUACAUGAUAUAUCAUGAAAACCGUCACAGCUGGGAGCUACAUGGCUAAAAUGAAGUUUACAUGACGUGAAAUCCUCAUUAUUUUUAUUUGUGUAAAAUCCACUCAAUUUCUAGUUUUUUUAUUUCCUUUUUCAGCACCUUCAAAAUAACCUUAGGGUUAUCCUACUUUGGUUGGCUUUUCGAUCCGAUUAAAUUAAAAGAGGGCCAAUCCGUCGGUAGUUUCCACAAUCAAUAAACCCAGGUUGAAAAAAACCUGCCAUAGGUUAUAUUGUAACAAUUUAACUGGCGGGUAUUGUUCAAAAGCCACUUACAGAGAAGUUUUAUUCUAUGCAAUUAUCUUAAUGCUAGAGUAUUUAAGUUUCUCAAAACUUUUUCAUUUCAUGGGUCUUGCCGAAGUCUUGGAAGAAUCUUGAACUAGUCUGAUGACCCUUCUUGCAGUUAGGGUACUUAAUAGAAAGCUUAACUGAACGAUAAAAGUUCGAUAAACUUAUCGACUACAUAAUGUAAAAAUUCAUUAUCAAAUUUGUCAACCACCAUGGAGUAACUUGCAACAGUUGAAAUCGACAAAACAAAACUUCUUUUCGCGAUAUCUCGGAUAAAAAUAAUCGAUAUGGAUCAUUUAUCAAUUACGUAACGCGCUCAUUUUUAAAAUUCGACUCAAUUUUAUAUAUUUUUUGCACGUGACUUUCAAACAUUUGAAAUAUUUUGAAAUUUUACAUCUUGUUGAAAGAUCAGUUCAGUUUAUGGACGUUCUAAAACAAUCACCAACAUUAAUUUUGAACCUAGAUGGAGUAAACUAGCUGAAUGCUUAAAUUAACGGUUUUGAUAUUUACAAAGUUGAAUGAGUGUUCGUUCAUGCUAUCAUGCUAUUUUAGCUGAACAGCACUUCAAACUGGAAAUUAACCAAAUAUUACUUUCCCUCCCUUUCCAAAAAUAUAUAUUAACCUUAACGUUGCCGGAGCGCAUAGAAAUGUAUGGAGAUAACGUGUCAUGGUUUACAAAAGUGCAGAUAACUUUUGAUAGGAAAAAGAUACAUCUCU